AUGAGUCACUUUUUAUCGUCUUUGAAUGAAAAACAACACGAAUGCGUGGUCUUUGACCAUGGAAAUGCGCUUCAAAUAGUAGCAGGACCAGGAACAGGAAAGACCAAAGUGUUAACCACCAGAGUGGCAUACUUGCUCCUCGAAAAAGGACUGAAUCCAAGUGAUGUGGUGAUCACCACCUUCACGAAAAAAGCCACGCUCGAAAUGAUAGAGCGUAUCGGCGUUUUGCUCGAGGGCACCGGUAUCAAUCCCAAGAGUCUGUGGAUAGGAACGUUUCACUCUAUCUGUGCCCGUGUGCUCAGGCAGCAUGGCUGGCGAAUUGGACUCCCGAAGGACUGGAGAACGUUUUCAGACAGCGACACAGAUCCGAUCUACGCAAAGCUGGUUGAGAAAAUGCCAGAUCAAGUAAGAGACUACGCACACAGUUACAACAGAAGAGUGAACUUACUCAGACCUAACUCUUCUCGCGAUUGGGCUGUACAUCCUGCAGCUGUGAAAAAAAUGGUAUCCUGGCUUAAAUCCGAGGGUGUCACUGCGGAUGAGUAUCGCGCCCGAAACGACCAUGAUCCAGCACUAUUGCAUUUUUACGACCAGUACCAAGCUGAACUGAUCUCCCAACACGCCUUGGACUUUGAUGAUCUGCUUCUUCACGCGUUCAAAUUGCUCGCGAAACAGAGGUGUCUGCCCAAUAUUAAGCAUGUGCUUGUGGAUGAGUUUCAAGACACUAACAGCAUUCAGUUGAAUCUCAUGUAUCUCUUUGCACGCGGCUGUGGUUCCAGGUCACAGGGAAUAACUGCCGUUGGCGACCCUGACCAAAGCAUUUACGGGUUUCGCAACGCCCUAGCAGGAAAUUUUGAGGACAUGAUCACGCAUUGCCCCAUUCCUUGCUCGCGAAUUGUUCUUGUGGAGAAUUAUCGCUCCUCUCAAAGAAUUCUUACGACUAGCGAGAUGUUGAUCAAACAGCAGCUGACAGGUCGCGAAGACCGACUCCCUUUGCGAGCUCAAUUUGAUAGCGAUUUUCCACCGGUAUACAUUGAGUUCCCCGCGAAAUUUUUGGAGUCUCGAGCUCUUGCUCGAGAAAUAAUAUAUCUCCGCUCUUUACCAAACCUUUGGAACUAUAACGACUUCGCACUUCUGGUACGACAUCGCCGACAAAUAAGGCCACUCGAGACAUCACUAAUUGAGCAUCGAAUUCCCUACAAGAUUGUGAACGGACGUGCAUUUUGGGAGCUUAAAGAAAUCAAUGGUAUGAUGGAUCUUUUAAAGUGUGUUUAUUCUGACUAUGAAAAGAAUGCAAUCUUACGGGCUUUACAAUAUCCAGCCAGAGGACUGGGAUCGGCAACUGCAAAGAAGCUGGAAAAUGUUGUUGGCGACUAUGACACACCAUUCUCCGCUUUACAAGCAAUUGUAAACGAUUCUCGCAAGUACGACUUGCCCGCCAAAGCGAUUUCUGUCAUACAGGGGUUCUUAUCACUCAUCACAAGUUGUAGAGAACGUCUGAUUGGUGCUGUUGAUUGCAAAGUGAUUAGCACUAUUUUUGACGAACUCUACGAAGUCUCGGGAUUGCAAUAUGAAUAUCUAUACGUGGAUGGUAAGAAAAAAGCCGACGUCAAUCCUAAAGGUGAACCUAAUUUUGCAAACAAAAGGCAUCUCAACAUACAGCUUUUGAGAGAGCACGUAGCCAAUUUCAAGCCCAUGGACGAAGAUCUUGCUCAAAGAGACGGUCUUACUGAUGAAGAUGCCAAAGUCGCGAAAGAAAUUAAUAUUCAUGAUAUUCUUCGAGAAUUUAUCGAUUCAGUCAAUCUUUUCUCCACGGAGACAGAAGUGGAUGAGUCUCAAAUGUCAGAGAAACAAAUUCGACAGAAAAAAAAGCGUGAAGAGGAAGGUUUUGUUACCAUUUCCACAAUUCAUGGAGCCAAAGGCUUAGAGUGGCCCGUUGUCAUGAUACCAGGGUGUGUUGAAGGUGUUAUACCGUGUGUCUUUGGGAACAAAGAAGAUGCUGACGAAAGUGAAAACGACUCCGAUUCCGAGGAAAAUAAAACUAACGGAGGUGGCAACAGCCCCAAAAAAAUGCGACCAAAGAACAAUGAAGGCUCAUUAGAUGAAGAACGAAGAAUGUUUUUCGUUGCGCAGACCAGAGCAAAAUUCUUGCUCUACCUUACGGCAACCUCUAGCAACGAUUCGGAAUCAAAAUAUGAUAUCUCGAAACCUAGCAGAUUUCUAACCACCGAUCUGGUAAGCACUAUGUGCCAGGAACAAAAGGUCUUCGAUAGCCUGGACUCAGUUCGAAAGCUUUAUUCUGCCGUAGACAAACCAAUGCCGUCAGAUAAGCCUUCAUUUUCCUUGGACACAUUGAUCAAAGAUUAUGCUAGUUUCAUCAAUUACAGGAGAGAGAGGAUGAUUUGGAGAGGCACAACUGUGGUGGACACAGUAAGAUUAAAAUUCGAUGAAAAUACUAAUCAACCGCCUGCAUCGUACGGUAUAAUAACUGCGGCGAGCUAUCUAAAAAACUCGUCAACUAAUCAUCCCAGCUCGAGUAGAGCAACGUAUCAGGCUUCGGCGUACAAAAAUCAAGUAGCCACUAGAACGACUUCGGACCCUAGUGCCCUUGCUGGCAAGAAAAAUGCACCUCCACACUCGCUUUCCAGAAGUUAUUCAAAUGGCUCUGCGUCUUUCAAAUCUUACGCUCCCAAGACUUCUCCACGUAAGCCUACAAAAAGUCUACAGCCGUCAUCCUUUGCCCCUAAAGCAGAGGAGUCCGCUGCACAAUUGGAAAGGAAUCGAACUAAAUCUAAUAACAGCCUUACUAAUACUGUCAAAAAUGUAAGCGAAAGCCUUAAAAAGCCCGGUUUUCCCUCUGCUACACAUAGAGCUGGUCGCCAGUCUCGACGAAAAAUAGUUGCCGACUCUAUCGACUUAGGAGAGAUACCAUGCAGUAAUGAGGUAUCUACAACCCAAAGCGACGAAUCGGUCGUGACGAAAGAAGAGCCAGAUAAGGACAGUCUUAGCAGAAAGUCUAUUGGAGCGCUAAAACACGAUUUGAAGGUCAAGAAUGAAAUGGACUCGGCUGUCAAUUCAGGCACUGGGCAACAAGCUUCUUCUUCUCAAGCCCCACUCACCAAGAGGGCCAAUAGCCCCGAAGGAAUUGGGCGGAAAAGGGUUAAGAUAGAGCCUCUCAACGGUGGGCCAGAUAUAAUGUCGCGGCUCUCUAAGGCGAAAAAAAGAGCAGCUGAGUCAAAAGACACAGUUAUCAUAAUUGAUUGA